AUGAUAUGCUGUGAUAACACGAACUGUCUGAUCGAGUGGUUCCAUUUCAACUGCGUCGAUCUUAUCACUAAGCCAAAAGGCAAAUGGUAUUGUCCAAACUGCCGCGGCGAUCGAAACUUUUACAUUCCUGCAAGCCGACGGCCUGACGGUACGUGGAGAAAACCGCUGAAGAUUAAGAGCGGCUAUGUACCCCAGGAAGCAAUUCCAACCGCAGUUUUUAAUGAUAAAUGA